AUGUCGAUUUAUGAUCUGCAGCGGAAGCAGGGGUCAACAAGGGACGCGAACCACCUCGACCCGUCCACCCUUGCCAAUUUUAUCUCUAUCGGAAUCAUGGCAGCUCAACCCCAGCCUGCUAGAUAUGAUAUAGCUGCUAAACUGAAGGAGAUGGACACUGUUCCUUUAUUUAUGAAGAGCCUUCCCAAUGAUCCAAACGAAAAUUCUGACGCGCUCGAAGCAUUGCAAGCCUUGUACAUUUCAUUUCUUCUAACAUCGAGAUCUACGAAGGAAGAAAUUGCAUCCAACUUCAAGGAACAGGGUAACGACUGCUUCAAGCAGAAGCGAUAUCGUGACGCUUUAGGUUUCUACAACCAAGCACUUGAAGCAAAACCCACGGAUACUGCUCUCAAUGAAUCCUUAUUGCUCAAUAGGGCAGCGUGCAAUCUAGAGCUGAAAAAUUACGGUUCGGUUCUGAGGGACACAUCCAAAGUCUUGACUACCAACGCAAAUAAUCUCAAGGCAUUCUAUCGCGCUGCUUCAGCAUUGAUAGCAUUAGAGAGAGCAGUUGAAGCCAUCGAUUGCUGUAAACGAGCCUUACAAAUCGACCCCGAAAACUCGGGAAUAAAAUCAGUUUUGGAGAAAGCAGAGAAACUGAAAGCUCUUCAAGACAAAAAAGAGGAGGAUAAACGACGUGCAAAGGAGGAAGCCGCCACGAAGCAACAAAAACUUGACGAAGCCCUCAAG